CUGAAGAACAUCCUAGAUUAUUAUCGAAUUGGAUAAGUUUCAUCGCCUAUAAAUAUCACCGCAGCUUCUCUCGUUUAUCAGCAAAGUCAUCAAGUAAAUCAAACAUUAUCAAUACUCCAAUUUCAAGCCUCUGUUUUCUACAGUUAAUUACCCAAAUAUAACUAAAAAAUGUCUCUGAUUCCAAGCUUCUUCGGUGGUCGCAGGAGCAACAUCUUCGACCCAUUAUCCCUCGACAUAUUUGACCCAUUCGACAACUUACCAAUUGCCAAUGUCCCAUCCUCUGCUCGUGAAACCUCUGCUUUUGCAAAUGCAAGAAUCGAUUGGAAAGAGACCCCACAAGCCCAUAUCUUCAAAGUGGACGUUCCAGGGAUCAAGAAAGAGGAAGUGAAAGUUGAAGUUGAAGAAGGACGAGUUUUGCAAAUUAGCGGUGAGAGAAGUAAAGAGCAAGAAGAGAAGAACGAUCAAUGGCACCGUAUGGAAAGGAGCAGUGGUAAGUUUUUAAGGAGAUUUAGGUUGCCUGAGAAUGUUAAAAUGGGAGAAAUUAAGGCUGCGAUGGAGAAUGGAGUGCUCACUGUUACUGUCCCGAAAGAAGAAGAGAAGAAGCCUGAGGUGAAGGCUAUUGACAUCUCUGGUUAAAGAAGUGCAAAUUUUAAGUGUUUGUUGAGAGUCCUUGUCAGUUAUGUUUGUUUUCUCAAGUCUCCUUGUUUGUAAGGAGUUUAUAAGCUUUUAAUUUGAAUUAUGUGUCUGUGGUUAUGGCCUGU